AUGGGUAUGGAAGAGGACACUCAUCGGGGAUGGAAACGGAGAGAGGAUACGGCGGAGGACCUGAGCUCGUGGUUCUGCCAGCUGUCUACUCAGGAGAGGCUGCAGGCGAUCGCAGUGGAGGACGUCAUCUGGAUACGUCUAUUCAACUUUCUCUACCGCACGCACAAGUCGGUGAUGAGCCAGCGGGGCACGCCGCCAACAUGGGAACGAGAGAAGGCAAGAGAAAAAGAGGGAGAAAAAAAUGGUGUUCUUUCAGAUUGUGUACCCCCGUCUCUUUCUCAGCAAUGCCGCAAGCAUCGGGUCGCGCCCGCGGGUGGGGCGUGGCGACUACAAACUACUGCUGUGAUCGUCGUGGUGCGAAAAAUAUACGAGAGGUUUCAGCGAAACGAGCAAAAUCAUGUUGCCGGCGUCGCCGCCGCCGCCGCCAGUGCAUGUUCCGAUGCGGCAACGCCGCCACGCACUGCGGCGGUGGCAGCGGGGACGAAACCGACGCCCGUGGAGACGGGCAGCCUCGACAACGGAGGGCUGGGCGCGGCAGAAGGCUAUUGCAGCGGGGGCGGUGGUAGCGUGCAGUCGGCGCUGCAGGUCGGGGAGCGGUUGAACGAUGCGGUCCGAUUGUGCAGCCUCGGGUGUGGCUCGGCGGGAGGGGGCGGCGGCGGAGCCAAGGGAGAGGGGGGGAGAGGAGGGGGGGCAUCCGGGCCCCGCGGCGCGCUUACCCUCAGCGAGGCAGAGCUGUCUAAGCCAAGAAGACUAUUGAACGAUCUACGAUUAUUAGCUUGUCGCCCCUCCGAUGGCAACGAACAGACAGCGGCGGCGGCGGCGGGGGGGGGGGCGUCAGCGCUACCCAAAUCAAAGCAAGGGAAGCACGUGCGGGGCAAGCGGGGCGUGGCGGCGGCGGCGGCGCCAGCAGCAGCGGCGCCAGUAUCAUUUCCAGCUGCGGGCUGUAAGGCGGGGUUCUUGACUCCGGCGUUGGUGGAGGAGGAGGCGAGGCGGGCGGGCGCGUCGGCGGAUUGCCACGACCCGCUUAUGGAGACGACGUGGUUGGCCGAGAGGUUUCCGGAGGCGACCCUCGGAGACCUGCUGGUCAACCGGCUGGAGCUCAGCUUGUGGGCGAGCUACUGGGGGCGCCGGCGACCACGGGGUUCAGUGGGGGGAAUCCCCGCGAGCCCGUUGGCUUCCGUCGCACAAGAGGCCGGCAUCCUGCGCGGAUUCUGGCGGACGUUGCCUUUACGGCAAAGGCAACAGAUCUUGCAGGGGCUGCCGGAGGCGGCGGCGUUGGCAAGCGACUCAUGCGACUCGACAGCCAGCAGCAGCAGCAACAGCAGCAGCAGGAGUAGAGCCCGCGAGGAUGUGGUUCAAUGCCUCAUGUUUGCGCCAGUGGCGUGGUGUUCCCAGGACGACGGCGCGGCGGUGAAGCUCGUUGUCGGGCGUUUGCGGCGCGCCUACCGGGACCAUGUGGCCGCGGGAGACAAGGUAACUCGGGCGAUCGAGUCUCCGGCGCUGGAACCGGGUACCAGUAGCGACGACUCGAACGCUGGCUGCGGCGGUGGUGGUGGCGACGACUUCGCCAUCGAUUCGGCGACGGCCGCGACGACUUCCGUCCGUGUCAGCGGCGACACCGCCGCCGCUGCCGGCUGCGGGGGACUAGACUCUUCGGACCACCGCAAGAAGGAAAAGAAGAGGAAGAAGAAGCAGAAGAACGCUUCGGCUGCCGCUGCUGCUGCGAGCUCGGUUGCUGCGGGGGAGCCGCCCGUGGUAAACCCACCCGUGUCUGGGGCGAAAUCGUCGGGAGAAGGCGGCGUAGCCGCCCAAGCCGACAACGGGGCAGCCGCGAGACCUGCCGGCAGGACGAGCCCCGGCCCAAGCGAGGGCAGUAGUGCAACCGAAGGGGCGGAGACGGAUAGCUCGGUAGGUGCCAAAGGGAUACCGUCAGCGUCGACGUCGGCGGCAGCCGCGCCGCCGCCGUCGACAGCGGCUGCCACCGCUGCUCCUGCUGCGGAGAGCGUGACGGGGGGGAUUGACGACGGCGGUUGGGUGCUGUCCACCAGCCGACGGAGCAAGCCGAAAGAGGCCAAGGAUGAGGUGAGGGACGUCCGGCGCGGCGGCGGCGGCGGCGGGGGCAAAGGCGUCAAGGGCAAAGACGGGGGCAGCCAUCCCAAGGCCACCGCCGGGCACCGUGAGUCUCUCCGGGACUCGCACCGCGAGCCCUACCGAGAUAGGGGGGACGCGCCCUCGAGGGGGAGCAAGGGGUCGUCCGGCGGGAGCGGGGAAGGGCGGCAUGACCGCGACAGCAGCGGCGGCGGUGGCGCUCCGUGGGCUAGAGGGACGUCCCGCCAGGACAGCGGUAAGGGAGACGAGGGUCGGGUGUGGGGCAAGGAUAGCUCCACGAGGGACCGACGAGAUGACCCCGGGGGCACCUGGUCCAAGUCGGGCGGCUCUCGUCGGGAAAGGCGUGACGGGAGCGGCGGCGGAGCGGGUCUGGGCUCGGGAUCUGGAGCGUGGCCGAGAGCCAGCGCGCGGAGGCGGGAGGACAGGGACGUCGAGGCGACCUGGGUGCAGGGCGGGGAGGAGGAUGCGGUGCCGUGGGCCAAGAGAGGCGGUGGAGGCAAGAGCAGCAGCAGCAGCAGCGGCAGCAGCGCGAAAGAGAACGGACACGCUCCCUCCGCAGCAGGCCGCUCGGCAAAAGAACCGCUUCACACCCGCACCCGUUCGUCGUCCUUUGCGGACAUGGUCCGUGGCGCCCACGCCGCUGACGGCGUUCCUUCUGCGGUGUCUCCGCUGCUCAAGGCUGUGUCCGCCAAGUCGCCGAGGGUGACGUCCACCCCGGAAGCAACCACCCCUUCGUGGGGCAGCGGCAAGAGCGUGGGGGCGCCGUCGUUUGCGACGGUGUUGCUGGGCGGUAGCGGCGCCGCGUCGGGGUCUAGCAAGCCUCCCCCGCCUCCGGCCCUGAAGGCGGUGGACACGAAGGUCAGCGCUUCGGCGGUCUCUCCCUCAACCACUGUGUCAGCGUCACCGGUCACGGCGUCCGAACAGGCAGGAUGGACUGACACGCCAACCCCCGCCGCCGCAGCGGCGACCGGCUCCAAGCCCGCCAAGCCGAUGGCGUGGACCACUGGCAACACCGCCAGCGUGCUGCGUGCCGCUAUAGGAGAGCCGGUGCCGAGCCGCAACACGAGCAGCGGCCACAAGGUUCCCCAGGACCAGUCGGCACCGGGAGGUGGCAGCGAAGGCUGCGAAGGAAAGGCCGCAAAGGCGGGAAAGAGUCCGCCCACCGGGAAGAGCGGAGGAGGCGACGGGGCAGCGAGUCCCAAGGCCGGCGAGGUGAUGGACGUAAUGGUGGAGGUGCUCGACCUCGUCGGCGACGUGAUCGUCAGGAGAGCGCACUCCAGGGCCAGCAAGGCCAAGUCUUAUGCGCAGGCCAUCGCGGAGUCGGAGGGGCGCGCGCAGGCGCUGGCGACCGCGUACCAGCGCCACGAUGGCCUGCUGCAGGGCUCGUCGUGGGAGGGCGGCGGCUCGACCAACAAGCACGCGGCGGGCACGAGCGAUGCGACGGACUCGGUUGCCUCGACGGCGUCGGCUACCGCGGAGACUGCGGAGAGCUCUCCGGCGGUAGGUGCGGCCGAGAGCGACACGCAGCCAGACCCGGAGGGGGAGGAGGGUGGAAGCGUCAUCGAGAACUCGGUUCCGGUGUUGGCGCUCUCCCCCGACAAUGCUGCUGCUAGCGAAGAAAAAGGCGCAGCGAAAGAAGAUGCCGCGGAAUCAUCUUCCGGUGCUACCCCUCCGACGACGUCUGCAGCAGUCACAGCCUCUCCCCCUGCUGGUGCCACCAUCGCUCCCGUGGCUGCUACGGUGGCUAGCUCCCGUGAUGUGGUGCCUGCCGCGGUCGAAACUGCACCGAGGGUCGUCGAGAACGGCCCGGUCGCGGCCGCACCGCCGGGGGAACCCCCAACCUUCAAUCACGCCACCUCUCGGGGCAGUAGCGGCGGCAGCAGCAGCAGCAGCAGGCGUGGCAACAGCAACGCCGAAGCGGGGGGCGUCCGGUCCCGACCAUCGACGACCGCUGAGCCGGAGCGGAGACGAGCAGGAGCCCCGAGCUUCGAUAGCGGCGGCGGCGGCGGCGGCAGCAAGGCUUGGUCCGAUCGCGGGCCCGAGCGGGACCGGGGUUCCAACGCGGCGUCCUGGGCACGCGGCAACACGCCUCCGGCGGCCGCGAGACAGGCGGCACGAAGAGCGGGCGGCGAUACCGGCCGGGCAUGGGUGCGCUCCGGGCAGCAGCAGCAGCAGCAGCAGCAGCAGCAUGGUCUCGGCAGCGGGGGGCACCCGGGAGCCGCGCCGAUGCACGACCUGAGGGGCGCCAGGUCUCGUGGCCACAAGCCGGUGGUGCCCUCUGCGCCCCCCCCCCAGCAGAUGCAGCACAACCAGCACCAAGGGAUGGGCGAAGUGUCGGAGGAAGGACGCGGGUCUGCUGCGACGCUGCUCUUGCCGCGGGCGCCGGCCGCCUUGCGGGCUUCAAUGUCGGCCCCUCUUGGCCGGGACGCCGCAACGGACGGUGUCAGCGACGCUCUCUCUCGGGGGGGGCUGACUACCCAGCCGGACGUGAGCAACGUCAUGCCGUCUCCGCGCAUCCUGCGGAGCCCCUCUCGUCGACACAGGCCACGAAGCAGCAGCGCCGGCAGCGGCACCAGGCACUCCCGGAUGCACAGCGGCGCCGGCGGCGGAGCGGGGUACCACCCGUACCCUCAGCACCAACAGCACCAGCACCAGCAAGAGAGUUGGCAGAACAGCAGCGACUGGGCUCUGUCCGCUGGAGGCAACGGAGGCGGCGCUCCCCGUGGCGUUCAGCCGGCGAGGUUCCGGUCGCGCAGCGGGGGCGCGGGGAACGAGCUGUCGAUGGCAGAUCGGAGGGCGGACCGAAUGGAGUACGAAUACAACCUAAUGGUGUCAUGCCUCGACCGCAACGUGGAGAGGUUCAUGCAGAAGCUGGGCAGAGCGAUGCGCCCUCGACGACGAGCGUGGAGUCAGGUGAUCGCCCGCGUGCGAGAGCUGGUGGCCGGUAUCUGGAAAGAGGCGAAAGUGGAGAUGUACGGUUCUUGCUACACAGGUCUGGAACUUCCGAGCAGUGACGUGGAUGUUGUGGUUUGUGGUAUCAAUGGCCGCAAGUUCAGCUACGGGGGCUCCCGCGCGGGGUACAGCAGCAUGCAGACGGUGGCCAACCUGCAGAAGCUCGCCAAUGUCCUGCAAGAGCAGACCUGGGUGCGCGGGAUGAAGGUGAUCGAAACGGCGGCCGUGCCCGUGAUCAAGAUACUGGCGGACCCAGUCUCCAAUGGCAACGGGCAGUUCAUGUUCGACGACAGCCGCAACGGUAGGGACGGCUGGCUGGGGGGGGGCAGCGGGCUCGACUACAUCCCGCUAGACAUCUCUUUCGAAAGCCCCCAGCACGGUGGAAUCGCGUCUUCCAAGUGGGUGCGAGAUUGCAUCCAGGGCGGCAAGUACGGCUUCGCGCUGCCGGCAGUGAUGGUGCUUAAAGAGAUCCUGUGCCAGAGGGGGCUCAAUCAGCCGUGGUCGGGAGGCCUCAGCAGCUACUCGCUCAUCAACAUGAUGAUCACCGUCCUGCAGAGGGCGGAGGUGGAGCGCGCCCGGGCCCGAAGAAUAGUGGCCUGCGCCCAAGCCGCGGCGCUCGCGGCCGCCGCGCGCGGGGCCCAGCAGGGCCCGCUUCCACUCCCGGCCGCGUUGCCGCUGUCCGGGCAGGUGGCGGUUGCGCCGCAACAGCAGCAGCUUGGCGUGAUGGGCCCUCCCCCCCCUCCUCCUCCGUCGCCGCUGCCCCCGCCGACGCUGGUGCCGGCAGCAGCGGCGCCUGCGCACGUUGUAGCGGGCUCGGGCCACGAGAUGGGGGCACCCGGCGGCGGCGGCGAUGAGCUGGUUGCGCCGCUGGCGGAGGAACGGGUAGCUCAAUACGUGGAGGGAGAUGAUGAUGAUGAUGGCGGAGUGGCGGCGGCGGCGGCAGGAGCGGGUGGGCUAUGUGCGACGAGGUCGAGCGACAGCGGCAUCAGCGGCGGGUCUGCUUCCGGCUACCCCAGCCACGAACCCCUUACGAGUGUCUCCUCCGCUGGCGGGGAUGCCGUCUCCUCCGCCUGCGGUUCCCCUGUCAGCGCGGACAGAGCGGGGGGCAUGAGCGACGACGUCGAGGACAUGGAAGGGGCCAAGAGUGAGAGCGCCCCGACCACGGUCGGCAGCAUCGCAGAGCACCAGCAACCCAAUCCUUCUGUCGCUGACGGCUCGUAUGACGGCCGGAGCCCGUCACUGCCGCCGCCACCGCUCAACACCGUACCGUCUCAAAGAGAGCAGUCCUCGUUCCCGCCGGCAGCGCAGCCUGCAGGAGGCGUUUCCACGAAGGGGCCGGGGGACGGCAACGACCAAGGCGCUCUUGCAGACGCCGCCGCUUCGGCUGCCUCCGCAAAUAGCAGCAGCUCUCCGGGCGAGAGCGUGGUGGGCGGCCCUCUCGCCCCGACGCCACCGGUGGGGAUGCACGCCGUCCAGGCACCGCAGCAGCAGCAACAGCAGCAGCAGCAGCAGCAGCAGCAGCAACAAAUGCAGCAACAGCAGCAGCCUCGCGUGCACCACCCGGCGGGUGUGGCCAUGUUGCCGUCGGCCGCGCAGCAGGCGCAGUACAACCUGGGCAUGAACGCCGAGCUGUUCAACAUGAAGCACAUGGAGAUCAACCUCUCGCAGGAGGAGGUGGACCGCGCGGACUUGAGCGGCAUGACCCCCGGUGAGGUACUGGUCAGGUUCUUGGCGUUCUUCGGCCGACAGUUCGACCCCACGCGGAUGGGCAUCAGCGUAGGGCGCGGCGCCAUCAGCAACCCGUUCGCCCUCACCCCGUCGGUGGACCCGCGGACGGGAAUGCCGGUGAUGGAAGCCCACGUGGUUAUCGAGGACCCUCUGGACAGGGACCAGAAUGUGGCACGGAGUUGCUUUGGCUUCCCGCAGGUCCAAUGGCUGUUCGGGCAGUGCCUGUCGGUGUUGCAGGAGAGGGGAGCCGACAUGGCAGAGUUCGACCGCGACGCUGACCUGCUGCAGAUGCUAGUGUACUACUAAGAUGGAGCGGGGAGCGUCCUCUCUCUCUCUCGCCUUUUGACCCGCACUCGGUUGGCGUUCUGAAGUGAACGCCGACGACUAGAUUGUUUUUGAUUGGUCGACCUCUGGUGGCUGUUCUAUCGUCCUCGUUAGUGAGUUGAGUGUGUGCAAACCAGUACAUUGCCGUGCUGGGUUUUUGUCUUCGGGUUGGGGUUGGGGGAGGGGGGGGGCGCUGAUGUUGGUGUGGGUAAGUCUUUCGGUUUCGAUUUUGCACUUUGGGUUGUUUGUUUCGGCCACGUUGUUUCAUUUGAUGAUGUGUUUGGGGGGGGGGUGAUGACUUUUGGUGUGUUUCUUGCUUUUGGGGGGACCCUCUUGUCGUGUCUGAACAAGCAGGCUUACGUGUAUCCUGGUGAUGCAAGCGUUGCGCGGGUAGGAACGCAGCAAGGUCCACCUAGCACGGACGGCGAUCGGCCACGAUUAUUUAUUGUUUGUUGUUCGCAACACCGCAGCGAGAAGGGCUACCAACACGGUAGAGUAAACUCGAGUGAGGGGUUCGGUUGGUUCCUCUGUGGUGGUUUCUACAAAACAUCGGG